CGCACACACGCCUCCCUCCUCCCUCGUCAUGCCUCAUACACCGAGGUGUGUGAUCCACGCGCGAUGAGCAGGUUGGGGGGGGGGCUUCGUGGAUAUAUGCGACGAGCUUGAGCCCACAUCCUUCAAAGGCGCUACAUCCAGCCGGAGCGCAAAGACGGAGCGCAAGGAGAUUCUGAAGCCGGAGUUAAAAGUACCAGAGACGAAGAGAGCCUGUAGGGUCGCGCUGCAGCUAACCGAUCCGAGCCGUGUUAGAAUAUCGGGAGAGAGCAGUCGGUACUAAACUUUGGAGUUCGCCUAGAAUCCUCUCACUUGCGCGCGCGUCUGGAUGUGCGGAGCCUUCAGCGCCCAGGAGUUGGGUCCACCGCACCGGGGUGCAGCCGCCUUCCCCGCUCCCUUUCGUUGUUUCCUUUUUAUUUUCAUCUUUCCCCAAUAUACACUUCUCCUGAAGAAGCCCUGAAGACACAGCAGUGAGCGCGAGGACUUUGUGGUUGUUGUCUUUCGAAGUGAUUGAAUGGACUGCGGGGAUAAAGCGCAAGAGCGAGCAACUUCCUGAAGAUCUGACCCCUCAGACCCUGAAGUGGACCCCCAGGCAUCCACUUGAACCGGUUUACCAGUCCAUUUAGGUUCCUCCGAGACCAUAACCAAGCUGGUCCAUUCCACCAGAAUCCUCAGCGGAGAGAGAGAGAUAAAGAGGGAGAGAUUAGCUCAUUAUUCUGGGAGUUUCCCUCCCGCCACAUCUCUGCUCGUCCCUCGCAGACCUCCUACCGCAGCCAUGAAUCCGGUCUUCGGCCUGUUGCUCCUGGGGCUGACUGCUGCCACGCCUUCUGGCCCUGCCUCUGACACCUGUGUCACCCUGGUCCAGGGCCGCUUUUUCGGCUUCUUCUCCUCUUCGGCAGUCUUCCCAGCCGCCCCUUGCUCUUGGACCCUGCAGAACCCGGAUCCACGGCGCUACACUGUCUUUGUGAAGAUCACCAAGCCAACGGAUGUGUGCAUGCCACGCCGCCUCAAGACCUUCCAGUUCGACUCCUUCCUGGAGACCUCGCGCACCUUCCUGGGCAUGGAGAGCUUCGAUGAGGUGGUGAAGCUUUGUGAUGCCUCCACGCCUGUGGCCUUCCUGCAGUCCAACAAGCAGUUCCUACAGAUGCGCAGGGUGGUGCCGCAGGAGGAGCUCACCGUCCCGGAGGAGGAGGCUGACGAGUUCAAGGCCGAGUACCUGGUGGUAGGGAACCGCAAUCCCAGCAUGCCCGCCUGUCAGAUGCUGUGCCAGUGGCUGGAGGCCUGCCUCGUGUCCAGUACCCAUGCACACCCCUGCGGCAUCAUGCACACUCCCUGCCAGUGCUGGGAGACCCCCCAGCGCAAGUCUAGUGGCUGCUACAGAGGAGGCGUCUACCUGGACAAGUGUGUCCCCAGUGUGCGUGAGAGCAGCCGUGAUGCUGAGAUCAUGGGGGGUUGGAGCUCCUGGGGCCGCUGGUCCGAGUGCAGCAACGAGUGCGGCGGUGGCGUGCAGACCCGGAGCCGAACCUGUCAGUCGAACCUGGAUGAAGGCUUCCUGUGUGAAGGCGUGGUCGAGGAGGCACGACCCUGCAACCCGCAGCCCUGCAUCGGCAAAGUGCGAUCUCGCAGUCAGUCCCUACGUGCUAUCGACAGCCGCAAGCGUGAGAACGGGGAUGCUCCUCGGUAUGGCAAUCUGGCGCCUCAGACAGUGGACGCUUUAACGGACGAAUGGUCCACCUGGAGUGAGUGCUCGGCCACCUGUGGCCAGUCCUGGCAGACUCGGACCCGUUUCUGCACCACCUCUUCCAGCAGCGCCCCCUGCUCCGGACCCCUCCGCGAGAACCGUCCCUGCAACAGCACCGCCUGUCCUGUGCACGGUGUCUGGGACGAGUGGUCACCAUGGAGCCUGUGCUCAUCAACAUGCGGCCGUGGCUACAGGGACCGCUCCCGCAUAUGUAAGCAACCCCAGUUCGGCGGGAACCCCUGCAGUGGCCCUGAGAAGCAAACCAAGUUCUGCAACAUCGCCGUGUGCCCUGUGGAUGGAGCAUGGACUGAGUGGUCCAGGUGGAGUCCAUGCUCUGCCACCUGCUCCAACGGCACCAUGCAGCGCACACGCGAGUGCAAUGGCCCUUCCUAUGGGGGCUCCGAGUGCCGUGGCGACUGGCUGGACACACAGAACUGCUUCAUGACAGAGUGCCCAGUGAACGGCCGGUGGCAGCCAUGGGGAGCAUGGGCCAGCUGCUCCAGAAGCUGUGGUGGCGGCACCCAGGUGCGGCGUCGGGUCUGUGAUGGCCCUUUCUUUGGGGGAGCAGCAUGCCCUGGGACCCGAGAGGAGCUGCGACGCUGCAAUGAGAAGCGGUGCCCAGAACCCCAUGAAAUCUGUGGCGAGGAGAUCUUUGCCGAUGUCAUCUGGAAAAAGACGCCUGCCGGGGACACUGCAGCUGUGCACUGCCCUCCCAACUCCUCAGGACUGAUCCUGCGGCGCUGCACCUUCAAUGAGGCCGGCGUCGCGUUCUGGGAGAGACCGACCUACACAAAGUGUGUUUCCAAUGACUACCGGGACCUCCAGACUAUGACACGUGAUCAAAUCUCCAGAAUUCAGAGGGGACUCGUGGGAGAUGUUUCAGAGGUCCUGGCCAAGCUGAAAGCCACAUCUGAUGAUGGGACCACCUAUAGUGGGGACCUGCUGGCCAUUGUGGACAUCCUCAAGAAUAUGACUGAGGUCUUCAGAGGCCCAAAUUUUAGCCCCAAUACGGUGGACAUUCAAAACUUUGCUCGUUCAGUCAGCAAUUUGUUGAAGGAGGAGAACCACGAGAAGUGGGAGGAGGCCCAAGCGCUGGGGCCCAACAUCAAGGAGCUCCUCCGCCUGGUUGAGGACUUUGUGGAAGUGAUUGGCCUGCAGAUGGAGGACUUCCAGGACACCUAUGAAGCCACAGACAACCUAGUGCUCAGUGUCUAUAAGCGCCCGGCCUCAGCAACUGCUGACAUCAGCUUCCCAGUGCGGGGAUGGAGGGGCAUGAUGGAGUGGGUCAGGAAGUCUGAGGACAAAGUCACCGUGACCCAAAAUGCCCUGUCGACAGCCCUUCCAGAUGUAAUGAACAGCUCCUCCAUAACUGGGAUUGUACUAUACAGAAACCUGGGCACAAUCCUGUCACUGCAGAGGAACACCACUGUGCUCAACUCCAAGGUGGUCUCUGUGACAGUGAAGCCCACCCCAGACUUUCUGCCUUCCCCAGUGGAAAUCGAAUUUGCCCAUGUCUAUAAUGGUACCACCAACCAAACCUGCAUCUCCUGGGAUGAAAGUGACAGCUCUUCGCUGCUAGGCUCGUGGUCGGCGCGAGGCUGCAGAGCGGUGCCGCUUGACGCGCUCCGGACCAAGUGCGUGUGCGAGCGCCUGUCCGCCUUCGCCGUCUUAGCGCGCCUGAACCCGGACGCGAAUAUGGACAAGACUCUGGUGCCCUCCGUGACAAUGAUUGUGGGGUGCGGAGUCUCCUCUCUCACCCUGCUGCUGCUCAUCAUCAUCUAUGUCUCCGUGUGGAGGUACAUCCGUUCUGAGCGCUCAGUCAUCCUGAUCAACUUCUGCCUUUCCAUCAUCUGCUCUAAUGCGCUCAUCCUGGCUGGGCAGACACAGGCUCGCAGUAAGGUGGGGUGCACGCUAGUGGCUGCGCUGCUGCAUUUCUUCUUCCUGUCCUCCUUCUGCUGGGUCCUCACAGAAGCCUGGCAGUCCUACAUGGCUGUGACAGGCCGGCUGCGCAAUCGAAUAAUUCGAAAGCGCUUCCUCUGCCUGGGCUGGGGUCUCCCUGCCCUCGUUGUGGCCGUGUCAGUGGGCUUCACGAAGGCCAAGGGCUAUGGGACGGUCAACUACUGCUGGCUUUCUCUCGAGGGUGGACUCCUCUACUCCUUUGUGGGUCCAGCUGCUGCUGUCGUGCUGGUGAACAUGAUCAUCGGGAUUCUGGUCUUCAACAAACUUGUGUCCAAAGAUGGCAUCACUGAUGUAAAACUGAAGGAGAGAGCUGGGGCAUCGCUGUGGAGCUCCUGCGUGGUCCUGCCCCUGCUUGCCCUCACCUGGAUGUCCGCUGUGCUGGCCAUCACUGACCGGCGCUCUGCCCUCUUCCAGAUUCUCUUUGCCGUGUUUGACUCACUUGAAGGCUUUAUCAUUGUCAUGGUGCACUGCAUUCUCCGCAGAGAGGUUCAGGAAGCGGUAAAGUGCCGAGUGGUAGAUCGCAAGGAUGAUGGAAACGGGGACUCAAGUGGUUCCCACAAAAAUGGUCACACCCAGCUUGUGUCAAAGGACAGUGACACAGCUUCUGUAUCAGGCACCCUGAAGCGCCCCAUGCUCCCAGCAGAGGAAAAGUCAGCUCCCCCACCACUGUCCAUGCCCAAGGGCUCCAACUUUCACACACUGCCCGCCAACAUUGCCAAAGCAUCGCUGCCCACGCUACCCGACUACAUGAGCCACACCCUGACCCUGAAGAGGGAGAAGGGACGCGGAGAACCUGGAGGCGAGCACUCUGGAGGAAGGUCUGUCUACGUGUGUGACAGCGAGUUGUUCAAGCAGCUAGAUGCUGAACUGGGCCGUGGCGCCAUACCUGGUGGCUCCCCUGAUGGCAGCGGGUAUGUGCUCCUGCCCAACAGCACAUCCACACUGCGCGUCAAGUCAAAGGAAGACCCAGCCAAGUACAACAUCAGCGUAGACCAACUGCCCCAAACACGCUUUGUCCACAUCAGCAACCCCUUCGGGGAGCCUGUCCCUGGUUUCAGCCUUCAGACCUUGCCUGCCGACCGCAUCAGCGUUUCCUACUCUGAACGGGACUCACCUGUCCAGAACCUGCACAACCUGUCCAGCGAGUCCCAGAUGACGGGAAGCCUUUGCGAUGCGGGGGACUCGCUCAAUUCCAUGACCAAAAGCGAAACCAUCUCCACGCUUUCCAUGAGCUCCUUGGAGAGAACAAAAUCCCGUUAUGCCGAGUUAGACUUCGAGAAGGUCAUGCACACACGGAAGCGUCACCAGGACAUGUUCCAGGACCUCAACAGGAAGCUGCAGCAUGCUGACAAGGAGCGGGACUCGCCGGCCUCAGAUGGCAAGUCUGUCCAGAGAUGGAGUGUGUCCUCUGGAGGCAGUGAUAAAACCAACCACAGUGACAAGCCACAGACCCCGAGUGAGCGCACAUGGGAAGGUGUCCCAAAGGUGCAUUCACCCCCCGCUUGGGUGUGUCCAGACCUGGAGCCCCUGCAGGCCUCUCCCCGGGAGCUGCAAGCCGUGGUGGAAUGGGAGAAGACCAGUGCUACAAUCCCCUUGGUGGGCCAGGAGAUCAUUGACCUGCAGACGGAGGUGUGAGGGUGGCAGAGCUCUCCAUGCCACCUCAAGAGUCUUCUCAUCAUUUCACCCUGGGUCGAAAUCACAGGCAAGGAGGAAUGGAACCAGGCGGAGAGUAGGUAGCAGAGGCCGAAGACCCCCCAGCAACCUAAACCACUGAGAGAACAGGCUGCGUUGCUUGUCUCACUUCCACUCUGCAACACAAACUAAAGCAAUGUCAUCUGUGAAAAGACAGUAUUAAAAUAAGACAGGAAGGAAUAGUGUGGUAUCAUUGAUGGAAGGUGAAUUGCAAGGGGGCAUGGCUGCAAUCUGUUCCGGGUUUUUCCGUCAGGAAUUUCCUGCACUCUCUAGUCUGGACUCCGGUAAUCAGCCGGCACACCAGUCCAUUUCCUCUCUCCGACUUGUCGCGUGUGGGCAUUUCCCGCGGCCCGUCGGUGGCUGCUCUAGCUUUCUGUAGUGGCGUCUUCCAGCUGUCAGAAGGAGAUCCUGAAGUGAACGCUCACGUGGUUUCUGUCCACCUUGCGCUGGACUGCCGGGACCUCGAUGACACACUUCCUCUUUGGGACUGUUUGAGAUGGACACACUGCCUUUAGUGUUGCUGCUUCUGUUAUGUGGCCUGCAGUGGAACUGCUGAAGAGAACUUUAUUAUUAUGGUUAUUCCCAAGUCUACCUUGGCUUUUUAACUUGACUCUGUAAAAGUUCAGAGGGACUGCAAAACCGACCUGGACUUGAUAUCAUGUUAUUAAUUCUACAGUUUGUAUUAUUACUGUGAAAAUGAUGAUGACGAUGAUGAUGAUGAUAAUGAUUUUGAAUAUUCCUGUUACCAUGUCAUUGUUCAAGAUCAUUUUUUUUCACCUUAAGAUGUUAUGUUACAAACAGUGGGUUCACCCUUAACUGUAACUCAGAAGAGAACACAGAUGGUUAGAGACAUGCAGCAGCUAUAUCCUGGGGAGCAGGGCAUUUUGGGAGCACACACCAUCCAGUUGAGCAGAGUCCCAAAGGCGUGAGACAGCAGCUGAGGGCCUGCAGGUCGUGCAGAAAUUUCAGUAUAAUCCUAAUGUGUCGAUGAUGCCAUGUGUGCCACAGAGGGUGGUUGGGCAGAUCCAUGUCUCUGUUCAGUUUCCGUGUUUGAGCACUUUUUUGACACAGCAUUCGGCCAAAUACCACCGAUCAUAUUGGUGAUAAUUUUUCUCAUUUUCCACAGCUAAUACAAAGAGUAUCAUUCAGAGGUCCAUAUGAAUGUAUACUUAGCGUAGAAACUGUGAUUUAAUUUAUGUCUGGGUGCAAACUAAGACCAAGUGCAGCUACUCUAACUGGUACAUAUUGUAGAACAUCAGCAAAGCUGCACAGAUUGAGUUUUGACUAACAGACAUCUUUGUACUGUGUUUUUGGAUAUACUUCUUUCAAAAUCCGCUGUCUUGUCAAAUAUUAUAGUGUUCUCUUAUUUAUUAAGGAAAGGUAUGUGCUACAAUACUGCUGUUCCAGCGUGCUCCUCUCCUGCCCCAGAGCCCCCUGUCUAAAGGUUGGUUUGUCUGACUCAUUCCGUUCUUCUUUCUUUCAUUUCUUAGGUUUCCUCUCAGUAUGACCUUUUU